GAGAGCCGAGCAGGGCUGAACAAUAGAGACAGGCGGACGGGCGAGGAGCAGAGCCAGCUGCCGCUGCCGAGCAGGAGCGGGCGCCCAGGCAGCCCGGACCCCGGCGCGGGCCCGGCCCCGGCAGACAGCAGGCGGCCAGCGCCCCCGGGGAGGGGUCCCAUGGGGGAGCCGGCGGCCGGCGCCCCCAGCCCGCCGCGCGCCUCCGCUUGAGGGGGGCUCGGCGCUCCGUGCCCCAGCCCCGCCGCCCAGCCUCCAGCCCUCGGAGUCCGGGGUCCGCCGGGUCUGCGGCCGCCGCCGCCGCUGCGCCCCGCGCCCUCCGCCCACCCGGCUCCGGGCAGCCCUCGGCCCCAGACUCCGCCGGCGCCCGGCUGCUCGCGGACGCCCUCCCCCAGUCAUGAACCCCCCGGAGGGGGCGGCGGAGGAAGGAGGAGCAGCCGACUCGGACGUGGACGCCUUUUUCCGGACAGGUUCUUUUCGGAAUGAUGGUUUGAAAGCUUCUGAUGUCCUUCCCAUCCUAAAGGAAAAAGUGGCCUUCGUUUCCGGGGGCCGGGAUAAACGAGGCGGACCCAUCCUGACCUUCCCUGCCCGCAGCAAUCAUGACAGAAUAAGACAGGAAGACCUUCGGAAACUCGUGACCUAUUUGGCCAGCGUGCCAAGUGAGGACGUGUGCAAACGUGGCUUCACCGUCAUCAUCGACAUGCGGGGCUCUAAGUGGGACCUCAUCAAGCCCCUCCUCAAGACGUUGCAGGAAGCCUUUCCAGCCGAGAUCCAUGUGGCCCUCAUCAUUAAACCCGACAAUUUCUGGCAGAAACAGAAGACCAACUUUGGCAGCUCCAAAUUCAUCUUUGAGACAAGCAUGGUGUCCGUGGAGGGCCUCACGAAGCUGGUGGACCCCUCCCAGCUGACCGAGGAGUUCGAUGGCUCCCUGGACUACAACCACGAGGAGUGGAUCGAGCUGCGGCUGUCCCUGGAGGAGUUCUUCAACAGCGCCGUGCACCUGCUCUCGCGCCUGGAGGACCUGCAGGAGAUGCUGGCUCGGAAGGAGUUCCCCGUGGACGUGGAGGGCUCUCGGCGGCUCAUCGAUGAGCACACUCAGCUCAAGAAGAAGGUGCUGAAGGCCCCCGUGGAGGAGCUGGACCGGGAGGGGCAGCGGCUGCUGCAGUGCAUCCGCUGCAGCGACGGCUUCUCAGGGCGCAACUGCAUCCCCGGCAGCGCUGACUUCCAGAGCCUGGUGCCCAAGAUCACCAACCUCCUGGACAAGCUGCACUCGACCCGGCAGCACCUGCACCAGAUGUGGCAUGUACGCAAGCUCAAGCUGGACCAGUGCUUCCAGCUGAGGCUCUUCGAGCAGGAUGCAGAGAAGAUGUUCGACUGGAUAAGCCACAACAAGGAGUUAUUCCUCCAGAGCCAUACGGAGAUUGGAGUCAGCUACCAGCACGCUCUGGACCUCCAGACGCAGCACAAUCACUUCGCCAUGAACUCCAUGAAUGCCUAUGUCAACAUCAACCGCAUCAUGUCCGUGGCUUCCCGCCUCUCUGAGGCCGGUCAUUAUGCCUCGCAGCAAAUCAAGCAGAUUUCCACGCAGCUGGACCAGGAGUGGAAGAGCUUCGCGGCUGCCCUGGAUGAGCGCAGCACCAUCCUCGCCAUGUCCGCGGUAUUCCACCAGAAGGCCGAGCAGUUCUUGUCAGGAGUGGACGCCUGGUGCAAGAUGUGCAGUGAAGGUGGCCUGCCAUCCGAGAUGCAGGACCUGGAGCUGGCGAUUCACCACCACCAGUCUUUGUAUGAGCAGGUGACACAGGCCUACACAGAGGUCAGCCAGGAUGGCAAGGCCCUGCUGGAUGUGCUGCAGCGUCCCCUGAGCCCUGGGAACUCUGAGUCCCUCACGGCCACAGCGAACUACUCCAAGGCAGUGCACCAAGUGCUGGACGUGGUGCACGAGGUGCUGCACCACCAGCGGCGCCUCGAGAGCAUCUGGCAGCACCGCAAGGUGCGGCUGCACCAGCGGCUGCAGCUCUGUGUCUUCCAGCAGGACGUCCAGCAGGUGUUGGACUGGAUUGAAAACCAUGGUGAGGCCUUUCUCAGCAAACACACAGGGGUUGGGAAGUCUCUGCAUCGAGCCCGAGCCCUGCAGAAGCGGCAUGAUGACUUUGAAGAGGUGGCUCAGAAUACAUACACCAAUGCAGACAAGCUCCUAGAAGCGGCGGAACAGCUGGCACAGACUGGGGAAUGUGACCCCGAGGAGAUCUACAAAGCGGCGCGGCACCUGGAGGUGCGCAUACAGGACUUCGUGCGCAGGGUGGAACAGCGGAAGCUUCUGCUGGACAUGUCUGUCUCCUUCCACACACACACCAAAGAGUUGUGGACAUGGAUGGAAGACCUACAGAAGGAGAUGCUGGAGGAUGUCUGUGCAGACUCGGUGGAUGCGGUCCAGGAACUGAUCAAGCAGUUCCAGCAGCAGCAGACCGCUACUCUGGAUGCCACGCUCAACGUCAUCAAGGAAGGCGAAGACCUUAUCCAGCAGCUCAGGUCAGCGCCUCCCUCCCUGGGGGAGCCCAGCGAGGCCAGGGACUCCGCCGUGUCCAACAACAAGACCCCCCACAGCAGCUCCAUCAGCCACAUCGAGUCGGUCCUGCAGCAGCUGGACGACGCACAGGUGCAGAUGGAAGAGCUCUUCCAUGAGCGGAAGAUCAAGCUGGACAUCUUCCUGCAGCUGCGCAUCUUUGAGCAGUACACCAUCGAGGUGACAGCAGAGCUAGACGCCUGGAACGAGGACUUGCUCCGGCAGAUGAACGACUUCAACACGGAGGACCUGACACUGGCAGAGCAGCGGCUGCAGCGCCACACGGAGCGGAAGCUGGCCAUGAACAACAUGACCUUCGAGGUCAUCCAGCAGGGCCAGGAUCUGCACCAGUACAUCAUGGAGGUCCAGGCCUCAGGAAUUGAGUUAAUCUGUGAGAAAGACAUUGAUCUGGCAGCUCAGGUGCAAGAGCUACUGGAGUUCCUCCACGAGAAGCAGCAUGAGCUGGAGCUCAAUGCGGAGCAGACGCAUAAGCGGCUCGAGCAGUGCCUCCAACUGCGGCACCUCCAGGCUGAGGUCAAGCAGGUCCUGGGAUGGAUCCGCAAUGGGGAGUCGAUGCUGAACGCCAGCCUGGUCAACGCCAGCUCCUUGUCUGAAGCGGAGCAGCUGCAGCGGGAGCACGAGCAGUUCCAGCUGGCCAUCGAGUCCCUCUUUCAUGCCACUUCCUUGCAGAAGACGCACCAGAGUGCCCUGCAGGUGCAGCAGAAAGCUGAGGCGCUGCUGCAGGCCGGCCACUACGAUGCAGACGCCAUCCGGGAAUGUGCGGAGAAGGUGGCCCUCCACUGGCAGCAGCUCAUGCUGAAGAUGGAAGACCGGCUGAAACUGGUCAAUGCCUCUGUGGCCUUUUACAAAACCUCUGAGCAGGUCUGUAGUGUCCUGGAGAGCUUAGAGCAGGAAUACCGGAGAGAUGAGGACUGGUGUGGUGGACGAGAUAAACUGGGGCCAGCAGCAGAGAUCGACCACGUCAUUCCACUCAUCAGUAAACAUCUGGAACAAAAGGAGGCCUUUCUUAAGGCCUGCACCCUGGCACGGCGGAAUGCGGAGGUGUUUCUCAAGUACAUCCACAGGAACAACGUCAGCAUGCCCAGUGCCGCCAGCCACACUCGGGGACCCGAGCAGCAAGUGAAAGCCAUCCUGAGCGAGCUCCUGCAGAGGGAGAACCGCGUCCUGCACUUCUGGACCUUGAAGAAGCGGCGGUUAGACCAGUGCCAGCAAUACGUGGUGUUUGAGCGCAGUGCCAAGCAGGCGCUGGACUGGAUCCAAGAAACAGGUGAAUUUUACCUCUCAACGCAUACCUCCACUGGAGAGACCCCAGAGGAGACUCAGGAACUGCUGAAGGAAUAUGGGGAAUUCAGGGGGCCUGCCAAGCAAACGAAGGAGAAGGUGAAGCUUCUGAUCCAGCUGGCCGACAGCUUUGUGGAGAAGGGCCAUAUCCAUGCCACAGAGAUCAGGAAGUGGGUGACCACGGUGGACAAGCACUACAGAGACUUCUCCCUGCGGAUGGGAAAGUACCAGUACUCCCUGGAGAAAGCCUUGGGUGUCAACACAGAGGAUAACAAGGACCUGGAGCUGGACAUCAUCCCAGCGAGCCUUUCAGAUCGUGAGGUCAAGCUGCGGGAUGCCAACCACGAAGUCAAUGAAGAGAAGCGGAAGUCUGCCCGGAAGAAAGAAUUCAUCAUGGCCGAGCUGCUCCAGACAGAGAAGGCUUACGUAAGGGACUUACACGAGUGCUUAGAGACCUACCUGUGGGAAAUGACCAGUGGCGUGGAGGAGAUCCCCCCUGGGAUUCUGAAUAAAGAGCACAUCAUCUUUGGCAACAUCCAGGAGAUCUACGAUUUUCAUAACAACAUCUUCCUCAAAGAGCUGGAGAAGUACGAGCAGCUGCCUGAGGAUGUGGGACACUGCUUUGUUACCUGGGCAGACAAAUUUCAGAUGUAUGUCACCUACUGUAAAAACAAACCUGAUUCCAACCAGCUGAUCCUGGAGCAUGCAGGCACCUUCUUUGACGAGAUACAGCAGCGGCACGGUCUGGCCAACUCCAUCUCUUCCUACCUGAUCAAGCCCGUCCAGAGGAUCACCAAGUACCAACUGCUCCUGAAGGAACUUUUAACUUGCUGUGAAGAAGGGAAGGGGGAGCUCAAGGAUGGCCUGGAGGUGAUGCUCAGUGUCCCGAAGAAAGCCAAUGACGCCAUGCAUGUCAGCAUGCUGGAAGGGUUCGACGAGAACCUGGACGUGCAGGGGGAGCUGAUCCUCCAGGACGCCUUCCAAGUGUGGGACCCCAAGUCUCUGAUCCGGAAGGGGCGGGAGCGGCACUUGUUCCUCUUUGAGAUCUCCUUGGUUUUUAGCAAGGAGAUCAAAGACUCUUCAGGACACACGAAAUAUGUUUACAAGAACAAGCUACUGACCUCAGAGCUGGGUGUGACGGAGCACGUAGAGGGGGACCCCUGCAAAUUCGCCUUGUGGUCUGGGCGCACCCCGUCCUCCGACAAUAAAACCGUGCUGAAAGCCUCCAACAUAGAAACCAAGCAGGAGUGGAUCAAGAACAUACGGGAGGUGAUUCAAGAAAGGAUCAUUCACCUGAAAGGAGCUUUAAAGGAGCCCAUCCAGCUCCCCAAAACACCAGCCAAACUGAGGAACAAUAGUAAGAGGGAUGGCGUGGAGGAUGGUGACAGCCAGGGGGAUGGGAGCAGCCAGCCAGAUACCAUCUCCAUUGCCUCCAGGACCUCUCAGAACACAGUGGACAGUGACAAGCUCUCUGGCGGAUGUGAGCUGACCGUGGUCCUCCAGGACUUCAAUGCCGGCCACAGCAGCGAGCUGACCAUCCAGGUGGGGCAGACGGUGGAGCUGCUGGAGCGGCCGAGUGAGCGGCCGGGCUGGUGUCUGGUGCGCACCACGGAACGGAGCCCCCCGCAGGAGGGCCUGGUCCCCAGCAGCGCCCUGUGCAUCUCCCACUCCCGAAGCAGCGUGGAGAUGGACUGCUUCUUCCCCCUGGUGAAAGAUACAUACUCUCAUUCCUCAAGUGAGAACGGAGGCAAGUCCGAGUCAGUGGCCAACCUGCAGAGCCAGCCCUCCCUGAACUCCAUCCACAGCUCCCCCGGCCCCAAGCGCUCCACCAACACCCUUAAGAAGUGGCUGACCAGUCCGGUGCGCAGGCUCAACAGCGGGAAGGCAGACGGAAACAUCAAGAAGCAGAAGAAAGUGCGCGAUGGCCGCAAGAGCUUCGACCUGGGCUCUCCCAAGCCUGGGGAUGAGACGACGCCUCAGGGAGACAGUGCUGAUGAGAAGAGCAAGAAAGGUUGGGGUGAAGAUGAGCCAGAUGAAGAAUCCCACACCCCGCUCCCUCCGCCUAUGAAGAUCUUUGACAACGACCCUGCGCAGGAUGAGAUGUCCUCCUCUUUGCUAGCAGCCCGGCAGGCUUCCGCUGAAGUUCCUACUGCUGCAGACCUUGUCAGUGCAAUAGAACAGUUGGUCAAAAGCAAGCUGAGCCUAGAAGGAGGCUCAUACCGGGGAAGCUUGAAGGACCCAGCCGGCUGCCUGAAUGAGGGGAUGACCCCGCCCACACCUACGAGAAACCUGGAAGAAGAACAGAAAGCCAAGGCCCUGAGAGGCAGGAUGUUUGUCCUGAAUGAGCUGGUACAGACGGAGAAGGACUAUGUCAAGGACCUGGGGGUUGUGGUGGAGGGCUUCAUGAAGAGGAUAGAAGAAAAGGGUGUCCCUGAGGACAUGCGAGGGAAGGACAAAAUCGUGUUUGGAAACAUUCACCAGAUUUAUGAUUGGCAUAAGGAUUUUUUCCUGGCCGAACUGGAAAAAUGUAUCCAGGAGCAAGACAGAUUGGCCCAGCUCUUCAUUAAACACGAGCGGAAGCUGCACAUCUACGUGUGGUACUGCCAGAACAAGCCGCGCUCCGAGUACAUCGUGGCCGAGUACGACGCCUACUUCGAAGAGUUGAAACAGGAGAUAAAUCAAAGGCUGACGCUUAGUGACUUCCUUAUCAAGCCCAUUCAGAGAAUAACAAAAUAUCAGCUGCUUCUCAAGGACUUCCUGAGAUACAGCGAGAAGGCGGGUUUGGAGUGUUCAGAGAUCGAGAAAGCAGUGGAGUUAAUGUGCCUUGUUCCAAAGCGCUGCAAUGACAUGAUGAAUCUGGGACGCCUGCAGGGCUUUGAGGGCACACUGACCGCUCAGGGGAAGCUGCUGCAGCAGGACACGUUCUACGUGAUUGAGCUGGAUGCGGGCAUGCAGUCCCGGACCAAGGAGAGGCGUGUGUUCCUCUUUGAGCAAAUUGUCAUCUUCAGCGAACUGCUCAGGAAGGGCUCUGUCACCCCGGGCUACAUGUUCAAAAGGAGCAUCAAGAUGAAUCACUUGGUCCUGGAGGAGGACGUGGACCAUGACCCCUGCAAGUUUGCGCUCAUGAACAGGGAGACUUCGGAGAGGGUCAUUCUGCAAGCCGCCAAUGCUGACAUCCAGCAGGCCUGGGUGCAGGACAUCAGCCAAGUCUUAGAAACACAGCGAGACUUCUUAAAUGCACUGCAGUCGCCCAUUGAGUACCAGCGGAAGGAGAGGAGCUCAGCCGUGAUGAGGGCACCGCCUGCCAGGACUCCCCAGGCCAGCCCACGGCCCUACUCCUCCAUCCCUGUGGGCUCUGAGAAGCCCCCAAAGGGCUCCAGCUAUAACCCGCCUCUGCCACCCCUGAAGAUAUCUACCUCCAAUGGCAGUCCAGGGUUUGACUACCACCAGCCUGGAGACAAGUUUGAGGCCAGCAAGGGCGACCUGGGAGGCUGCAAUGGGACCUCGUCCAUGGCCGUGAUCAAAGAUUACUAUGCACUGAAGGAGAAUGAAAUCUGUGUGAGCCAAGGUGAGGUGGUCCAGGUCCUCGCCGUCAACCAGCAGAACAUGUGCCUGGUGUACCAGCCUGCCAGCGACCACUCGCCCGCAGCCGAGGGCUGGGUCCCGGGCAGCAUCCUGGCGCCCCUCACCAAAGCCACGGCGGCGGCAGAAAAUAGUGACGGGAGCAUCAAGAAGUCAUGUUCAUGGCAUACUCUACGCAUGAGAAAGCGGGCGGAAGUGGAGAACUCGGGUAAAAAUGAAGCCACAGGGCCUCGUAAACCCAAGGAUAUUCUGGGCCACAAAGUCUCUGUUAAAGAGACGAACAGCUCCGAGGAGUCAGAGUGUGACGAUCUUGACCCUAAUACUAGCAUGGAGAUCUUAAAUCCAAAUUUCAUCCAAGAAGUGGCCCCAGAAUUCCUUGUGCCCUUGGUGGAUGUGACCUGCUUGCUUGGGGACACAGUGACACUGCAGUGCAAGGUCUGCGGGCGGCCGAAGCCCACCAUCACCUGGAAGGGGCCAGACCAGAACAUCCUCGACACCGACAGCAGCUCAGCCACAUACAGCGUCUCCUCCUGUGAGUCCGGAGAAAUCACCCUGAAGAUCUGUAACCUGAUGCCUCAAGAUAGCGGGAUUUAUACGUGCAUAGCAGCCAAUGACCACGGCACCGCAUCCACGUCCGCCACGGUGAAGGUGCAAGGCGUUCCCGCGGCCCCCAACCGCCCCAUCGCCCAGGAGCGGAGCUGUACCUCGGUGAUCCUGCGCUGGCUGCCCCCGGCCAGCACCGGCAACUGCACCAUCUCCGGCUACACCGUGGAGUACAGAGAGGAAGGUUCCCAGGCCUGGCAGCAGUCGGUAGCGUCGACCUUGGACACUUACCUCGUCAUCGAAGACCUCAGCCCCGGGAGCCCUUAUCAGUUCAGAGUCAGUGCCAGCAACCCCUGGGGGAUCAGCCUUCCCAGCGAGCCCUCGGAGUUCGUGCGACUUCCAGAGUAUGAUGCUGCUGCUGAUGGUGCCACCAUUUCUUGGAAGGAAAAUUUUGAUUCAGCUUAUACUGAGCUGAAUGAAAUUGGCAGAGGCCGUUUCUCCAUAGUGAAGAAAUGCAUCCACAAAGCCACCCGCAAAGAUGUUGCUGUGAAAUUCGUCAGCAAAAAAAUGAAGAAGAAAGAGCAGGCUGCCCAUGAGGCCGCCCUCCUCCAGCACCUGCAGCACCCACAGUACAUCACUCUCCACGACACCUACGAGUCUCCCACGUCCUACAUCCUGAUUCUGGAACUGAUGGAUGAUGGCCGGCUCCUGGACUACCUUAUGAAUCAUGACGAGCUGAUGGAAGAAAAGGUGGCCUUCUACAUCCGAGACAUCAUGGAAGCGCUGCAGUACCUUCACAACUGCAGGGUGGCCCAUUUGGACAUCAAGCCUGAAAACCUGCUCAUUGACCUGCGGAUUCCAGUGCCUCGAGUGAAGCUCAUCGACUUGGAGGAUGCUGUCCAGAUCUCAGGUCACUUCCACAUCCACCAUCUGCUGGGCAACCCUGAGUUUGCUGCCCCAGAAGUGAUCCAAGGCAUCCCUGUGUCCCUGGGCACGGACAUCUGGAGCAUUGGGGUUCUGACGUACGUCAUGCUGAGUGGGGUCUCCCCCUUCCUGGAUGAGAGCAAAGAAGAGACGUGUAUCAAUGUGUGUCGGGUGGACUUCAGCUUCCCCCAUGAAUACUUCUGUGGCGUGAGCAAUGCCGCCAGAGAUUUCAUCAAUGUGAUCCUACAGGAAGACUUCCGGAGGCGGCCCACGGCAGCCACCUGCCUGCAGCAUCCGUGGCUGCAGCCCCACAAUGGCAGCUACUCCAAGGUCCCUCUGGACACCUCCCGCCUGGCGUGCUUCAUAGAACGCCGCAAGCAUCAGAACGAUGUGCGGCCCAUUCCCAAUGUCAAAAGCUACAUCAUCAACAGGGUAAACCAAGGGACGUAGCCGUGUCCCAGCCCUGGAGGUUUCACAUGGAAGUGCAGUGUGAACCAAAGCAAGACUGAACAUGCUGUAAAUAAUUCUGUUCAUUAUUUCACUCUGUGCAGUUCUCUGGAUUGAGAGAUGGUCCCUCUUCAACCUCAUCAGUGGUUAUUCAGGGUCUGAGCAGCAGAAAAAUCACCGUCCAUCAAGGGCUUUCCACAAGGCCAAUCAGAAGAGACGAAGGAGGAGAAAGUCACGGAGAGUAUUACAAAGAGGGGCAAGGAUAACAGGAAUACUAGCUGAUACAGAAUAUUAAGUGUGUGUUCCAAAGAGAGUGGGUACCUGGACAAAACGUCAGCUCACUGUAGUGAGUGUGAAAGGUUUCUCUGCCUUGGCUGAAAUUUUAAGCCAAAAGUUCUGUUUAACAGAGAUGUCAUGUAUGCCAACUAGUGUGAUUUAGAUUCCUUAGAUAUCGUUUCUUUAUAGGAACCAUCUACACAUACAGCGAACUGUGUCCCGUUCCGAAUUCAGAGUUUUAUAAUGUAGAGGUAUAUAUGAAAACAGCAUAAGUAACUCUGAGUGCUCCAGUUAGGACAGUGAUUUCUUUACCGAAGCAUUACAUUGUUUUGACUAAGCACAAUUAGAGGACGAGUUUUUUAGAGCAUUUUAUACAUCUUGUAUAGAAAUCUUUUACCAGAACCUGUGCAUGAAGAGAAAACAGCUACCCCUUUGCAAUCUGUGGGUGAGAAGGCCUUCCUCUCAGUCAUAGGCAUUUGACUCGCGUAGGUCCUGUAUAGGAAAUGCUACUCCCCAAUUCACUGGCAGCUCAGAGUUCAUCUGGCAGGAAAGCCUGCCGGAAAAUCAGUCCAUAUACAGUAAGAGCUGUAGGCUGCUUUUAUGUCUACACUUGGUUUGAAAUUGAUAGCAAAUAUAACAGGUUCAUACAAAAGGGCAAAUAGAAACCUUUCCUACAGUUUCUCUGAACUCUGUACCACCGCUUUCUGCUGACCUCUACAACUGUAGAAUGCAGUCCCCAGAAAGCUAGCCUACUUGAUUUCCUACCCCUUGUAGAAGCUAAGGGGUGCUCACCAAAAGGAGGCAGCCAUACAUAGGCCUUGGAAAGGCCUGGUCCCAAGUCCUUUUUGAAGCCAUGGAAUAAAACCCAAUACAUCAGCCUAAUAGAGCAUUGAGUUUUAACUGCAAUUGCAAUACCUACCACCACUCAGCCGCCAAUGUUUCCUGAGACUAAAAGGACUAAUUGCACUUUGAGGCUGAUGCUGCUUUCUGGUGUAUAGUCUCCGCAUCAGAUGACAAUUAACUGCCCUCUGUUCUGCUAGUGGAAAAACAAUUAAACCUGGGCAUUUCAUGUUUUGUUUUUUCUAUUUUUUGUUUCGGAAAACGUUUUUGUUUUUGUGUUUGUACAUGAUCCACUCUUUGUUUUCUGGAACAUGUUUUGAAACUGGUGGUUAUGCAAACAAUAUUUUAAAUAUUUAGGUCACAUAUUUGUCCAAAUCAGGUUUAAUGGCAUUGCUUCUGUCCUAGAGUAGGAUUGAGAACAUUGAAAUCAUGCAGCUCAGAAGUGCAAGCAGGGAGCUGAUGAAGGAUAGACAGAACUACAAACCUAUCUAAGUGAAAACAAAGGGUGGACAUAAGCCUGAACUUUAAUAUAUAAAAACACUGAUCUGCACAGUGGGAAGGUAGAAUUAAAAAUACUCAUCAUUCCCUUCCACUGAUUUCAAAGUCAACUUCCUCAUCUACCUUCCACUUCAUCCCAUCCAAGAUUAUAAAUUAAUAAAUGAGUAGAAAGUAUAAGCAAUAAGACUAGAUAGCACUUCGUAUUUUCAGGAUUAACCAAAUAUGUGGAAACCGACUCCGACUGUGUUCGUUUCCUAGUUUUUGAAUGGCCUGGGCCAUCAAGGGUCCCUUCCUCAGAGCGCUCCCUUGAUGAACCCUCCAUAGUCAUCACUUAAAAACGAAUGUAUAUACAAAUGCUAUGUGACAUGAUAUUUUAAAAUGUAAAACAAUUUACCGAAAACUCUUUUCGUAAACAUGUCUUUAUUGUGAGACAUAGCGUAAAAGAAGAAAGCCUGGUCCCUGCGCUCAUCAUGAGAUAGAGUGUGGGCGCUGGGGAUUCCAAAUAUCCAUAUAUAUGGCCUGGCAAGUUCUGUUCCGUCCACCACGGAUGGCGAUGAAAGAGCCCCUGCUGAGUCAUUCUUAGUGUUGAUGACAAAGCAGGAGACAAGCUGAGUUUCUGCUUAAGAAGGGCAGGGCCCAGGACAAUGGUGCACAGGCUGCACAGGAGAGCAUCAGUGGAAUCGUGCUGUGGGGAGGGCGGUUGACAGGAUGUUAGAGCCAAAGCUUUUGCAUCAGCUUUUACAGCGGGGUGGGGAGGAUUCAGACAUGAAAUUGCAUGGAAUUCCCCCUCCCCAAGGGCACUUGGGGAAGUGAGGAGACGGAAGGGAAAGGACACAGGCAUGAAAAGUAGUAUGACUGUGUUAACUGGAGCCAAAGUACAAUCAUUAGAGUAGAAUAAGUUUAAUAGAGGCCCCAAGAGGAAGAGGGUAUCGUUUAUCUAGUUUGGCAACUGAAGGAAACUCACAGGGACGCCCCCUGUCUGCAAAGUUUCUGGUUCCUCUCAAUUGUGAUGAGGUCUCGAUCCUGGUUCAAGAAUUCUCCAUAGCGAGUUGGAAGUAACACGGGAGUCCCAGAACAGGACUGGGAAAUGGACUUUAGGUGAGAGAUGAGGGGCCAGGGAUCACUUCCUUGUACCUGUUUUGGGAGAUAUAUUUAGUCCUUAGAAUAACAGAAAAGUGGAAAGGAGAGAAAAUAGUCCAUUUCUCUAAUUAGUCCACUUCGCUAAAACAGUGAUCCUUGAACUAAAAACUUAAUGAGGAAUUAGUAAAAGUGAACUUCUAGUUGAACUGGGAAAAAAUAUAAAUGUUGGUUAAAGUCACAGGCUUCUUGCUUGGCUUAUAUUCAUUGCAUAGGGUUUGGGGUUUUUUGUUUGUUUUGUUUUGUAAAGGUGGGAUGGAGAAAAAAGGGAAAGAUCAGGGACAACUCAUAAUAAUUUUUAAAAGGCAUAAUGAUUUAGUGCAUCUUUUACAAUUGUUUCAAAUUAAAUAGAUUUAUAUCCACUUACAGCUGAAUGUGGGAACAUUUUUUAAAAAAAAUUGUGGUGUUGGCAGUGUCCUUCAGGUCUCUCACAGCCAUAUCACUCUUGGGGGAGAGGAGGAGGGGAAAAGCUGGCUUCACUGCUUUGUGACUCACAAAGCCUUUAUAAUGGUAGUGCCUUUCAGAGGGGAGGAUGGGAGAUAAAGAAGUUCAUUGUAUUUAGAGUGACUGAUAUUGCAGCAUUUUUCUUCACUUUAUAAUAUCUUUUAAAUGAAAACAUCUGAAUAUAGGGUGAGCCUAGGAAUUCUUGAGUUACAACCUCAGCUAUUCCUGAUUCAUCCUUUCUUACAGAAAGUCUUUGUUUUUAUUUGGCCCAAAUGUCCCCACCGUUAGAAAGUUAGGGGGAAAGAGGGUAGAUGUUAAUUUCAUAGGAAUGUUGGAAGAAUACCUUAGUUGGGAUGUCUAGAAAAUACCUUUUUUUUUUUUUAAAGUGCUACACACUGCCAGUGCUAAGAAUUUUAUUGAUAGGAACUUUGAACAUUCCAAUUUUUCAAUAUUCAUGUCUUUAGAUACCUUUUGCAAACUCAUGAGGUUAAAUUCCAUCAAGUGAUUUUAACUGGAAGUACUAAGUGCUCUUUAUCUAUGUUAUUUGGUCUUGGCCUGUAAUUUUGAUCAUUUAAAAGCUUGUCUACAGAAAAAGGUUAGGAAGAACUGGUUGAAGUUUCAUGUCAAUAAGCCGUCUUCUUCAGUAUUUCUUAUGGCAGACACACGAGUAAGAUGCCCUCCAAAGCAACCGCUACUCUCUCCUCUCAGAGAGCUUUGCACUCUGGGAAAAUUGUCAGAGAAGACCCAGACAGCCACUUUCCUCACUGGGAGGGCAGAAAUGAGAAGAAAAUAUUGUCUGAUUUUACACCUCACUCUUCAGAGUCUCACUGUCAUCUGCUACAGAAGCAAGUUAAAUGUGCAGGUGUAGAAAUGAAUAGAACUGUUGGUUCGGGGAAGGAAAAUCUUGAAUCUUUCUUUCUUUUUUUUUUAAAAAAAGAUAAUUAGUUUUUCUCAGGAGUAUGUUUGCUUUCUCAUAGCCUUUGUGAUUUGGUGCCCGUGAGUUAGUCAUCACUUCUUUUCUCAUGUGAAAGAGCAUGGAAAUUUACAUCUGUGAGAAUAUGUCCCCAUUAGAGAAUUAGGAAGCAAAUAUAUUAUAAACCAGAUGGAGGUUAUUUCUGUGAAUUAGCUAAAACUCUGUCCCAUGAAGUUGAUAGAGGAGGGAAUAUUUCACACAUAAGGGUCUCUGCAGCGGGGCAAAUGUGCAAAUACCAUCCCUUGCUCAGUUUGGGGGAAUGUUGACCUAUUUCUUUCUCUCCCAUGUAGCAUCUCCGUGGAGUCCAGGCUAGGCAAACACAGUAUGUGAGCUUUCAGUGGCUUCAUUGUAUUAUGGUUUUUCUUAACUAUUUAAAAUCUCGGGAUCACAUACUCCACUAAGGGAAGCUCCUAUGUUCGUAUUCAUUUUAUAAACACUCUAAGGCUCUGGUUGUUUCAUUAACUCUAGAGGAUUAAAAGGCACUGCAUUUUGUUCACAGACGACACAUUAGAAAAUAUUCAUGUGAGAACCCUAUACAGAAAUAGAACACAGAGGUAUCAUAGGCCGUAUUUUCUUCAUCACUUUUUAAAAAAUAUAUUUUUAUUGAUUUCAGAGAGGAAGGGAGAGGGAGAGAGAUGGAAACAUCAAUGAUGAGAAAGA